CACGGAUACAAGUGGCCAUACCCUUCUAUAUAUGCACCAUAUUCGCAACCAUGAGAAAUCACAACUCAAAGUCUCAUCAACACAUCUACCACUACUACAAAAAGAGGAGUUCCUGAAGGCUUGCUCUAGGAUAUGGCUCCUCUAGGAACUCUCAGGUCGUCAGUGCUCCUGGCCACUGUCCUAUUCCUGUCCUUUCUCUUGAGCUUCCUGGUCCUUGCCUCAGCACUUGAUACUAGAACACCACCCAAUAGUGAUCUCCAAACCCUCCUUUGCCUCAAAGCCCAUCUCUCUGACACUGUCGGGCAGCUAGCCUCGUGGAAGAACGAUUCUCUUCAGUUUUGCAGUUGGUUUGGUGUUAGAUGCAGCAAGACGCGCCCAUCUCGCGUUGUUGCCCUGGACCUCGGGUCGUUUGAGCUCAAUGGCCAAAUACCUGCUUGUAUUGCCAACCUCACUUUCCUCGCAAGAAUCCACUUCCCAAAUAACCAGCUUAGUGGUCCAAUCCCUCGUGAGCUUGGCCAACUAAAUAGGCUGCAGUACCUUAACCUCAGUUCCAACCAUGUCAGUGGUUCGAUUCCGGACACACUGUCCUCCUGUUCUCUCCUCCAGAUCAUCGAUCUUGGUGGAAAUUCCCUGCAAGGAGUGAUUCCUCCAAACCUGAGCCAAUGCUUAAAUCUUCAGGAGCUCAUCUUGCAACAUAACAGCCUCAAUGGAGGUAUCCCUGAAGGCCUCGGGAUGCUCCAGAACCUUUCAGUUUUGCAUCUUGCUGGAAAUAGUCUGAUGGGAGAAGUUCCCCUUUCACUUGGAUGCAAAUCUUCACUUACAGCUGUUGUUCUGACGAAUAAUAGCCUCACCGGACCAAUCCCAUCUUGCCUAGCUAAUAGUUCAUCGCUUCAAGUACUGGACUUAACAAACAACCAUCUUGAUGGAGAGAUUCCAUAUGCUCUGCUAAAUAGCAGAUCACUCAAAAUAAUAUCCCUUGCGAUGAACAAAUUUGUGGGGUCGGUACCUGCUCUCUCGCACACUGACUCUCCCUUGGAGCAUCUCAUUCUGACUUCAAAUUAUCUUUCAGGUGCCAUACCUUCUUCGUUAGGGAAUCUUUCUUCCCUUAUCAGGCUCUUGCUUGCAUACAACAAUCUUGAAGGCAGCAUCCCCAUGAGUAUAGGUAACAUUCCAAACCUGCAAGCACUGGACCUGACUUACAACUAUUUGUCAGGAACUGUCCCAACCUCCCUUUACAAUAUGUCAACCCUCACAUACCUUGGCAUAGGCGCAAAUAACCUUGAGGGGGAAAUUCCAAAUAACAUUGGUUUCACCCUUCCAAGCAUCAAAAAAAUGAUCUUUCUAGAGAACCAAUUCCAUGGUCAAAUCCCUGCUUCGCUAGCGAAUGCAACCAACCUUAUGGUCAUGGAUCUACGGUACAAUUCAUUCCAUGGAAUUGUUCCUUCUUUGGGUUCUCUUCCCAACCUGCAGGAACUAAAUCUAGGCAUGAAUCAGCUUGAAGCCGGGGAUUGGUCUUUCCUUUCCUCACUUGCCAAUUGCACGAGGUUGGUCAAAUUAUCAUUAUCAGAAAACAAAAUCCAAGGAACGUUGCCAAGUUCCAUCGGUGGUCUUCCGAACAGCUUAAAGGUUUUGCUGUUGGCAGGAAAUAAUAUAUCAGGGACGAUACCACCCGAGAUAGGACACCUCACAAAUGUUACGGUUCUUUACCUGGGGAAAAAUCAAUUCAUCGGAAGCCUCCCGGAUACACUUGGAAAUCUUUCAAGGUUAGUUUUACUAAGCUUGCCACAGAACAAACUUUCCGGGCAAAUUCCAGGCUCAAUUGGUAACCUAAGUCAAUUGAAUGAGCUCUAUCUACAGGAAAAUGAUUUCAGUGGCCCAAUCCCAGAAGCUUUAGGAUACUGCAAAAAUUUAGAAAUGUUGAACCUCUCAUGGAACAGCCUUGAUGGUCGCAUACCAAAGAAGCUUUUAACUCUUUCCUCCCUUUCUAUGGGCAUGGAUUUGUCCCACAACCAACUCUCUGGUCCAAUACCACUUGAGAUUGGUGGCUUGACCAAUCUUGGUCUCCUCAAUAUCUCCAAUAACCAGUUGUCUGGACAAAUUCCCUCCACUCUAGGCCAGUGUGUCCACUUGGAGUCCCUCCACAUGGAAGGGAACCUUCUUGAAGGGAAAAUCCCAAAUUCUUUCGCUGACAUGAGAGGCAUUAUUGAGCUAGAUCUGUCUCGAAAUAAUCUAUCUGGAGCAAUACCUGAAUGGUUUGAGUCCUUCAGCUCCUUGAACCUUCUCAAUUUGUCCUUCAACAACCUCGAAGGUCCAGUACCCACUGGUGGGAUUUUUCAGAGUAAAAGCACAGUGUACAUUCAGGGGAACAAGAAGUUAUGUGGGAGCAGUCCGUUGCUAAAACUGCCACUUUGUGAUUCAAAGGCCUCCAGAAAAAAACAUACUGCCAAAAUUCUGAAGGUACUAGGAUUGAGUGCUCUUUCUUUGCUCCUGUUAUCAUGCUUAGCUGUCAUCCUAUUAAAGAAGAAGAAAGUCAAACGAGAAGCUCAACCAUCCUUCAAGGAAUUGAAAAAGUUGUCAUAUGCUGAUAUAGUCAAAGCAACAAAUGGUUUCUCCUCAUCCAACUUGGUUGGUUCAGGAAAAUCUGGAUUAGUUUACAGAGCUCGAUUUGAGUUUGAAGAACAUACAGUUGCCGUCAAGGUUUUCAAACUUGACCAACUUGGCGCACCAAAGAGCUUCCUUGCGGAGUGUGAGGCAUUGAGGAACACUCGACACCGCAAUCUUGUAAGGGUUAUUACUGCAUGCUCAACAUUUGAUGCAUCAGGACAGCAGUUCAAAGCUCUUAUUCUUGAAUAUAUGCCUAAUGGUAGCCUAGAGAGCUGGCUCCAUCCUACUAAGCUAAGCAAGUACGGAUUGAAAAGCCCAUUGAGUUUGGGCUCCAGAAUAACGAUAGCAGUGGAUAUAGCUUCUGCUUUGGAUUAUCUACACAACCAUUGCAUGCCUGCUGUGGCCCAUUGUGAUUUAAAGCCCAGCAAUGUCCUUCUUGAUGAUGUCAUGGGUGCACGUCUUGCUGACUUCGGGUUAGCUAAGUUUCUUCACGACUUCAGUCAUUCAUUCCAUCAAAGUUCUACAAGCUUACUGGGACCAAGAGGAUCAAUAGGAUAUAUUGCGCCAGAGUACGGCUUUGGGAGCAAACUCUCAACUGAAGGCGACGUCUACAGCUACGGAAUUAUCAUCUUAGAAAUGCUCACAGGGAAGCGUCCAACAGAUGAGAUGUUCACUGAUGGUCUGAACCUUCACAAAUUCGUGGAACAAGCAUUUCCUCAAAAGCUUACUGAAGUUCUAGAUCCUUUCAUCGUUCCAAGUUCUGAAGAUGGUGAUGUGCCCAACAAUUUGGACCAUGGAAAUAAUGCUACAGAUGGCGUGAAGAGCUGCAUUGUGCAUCUUGUUAAACUUGGUCUUUCGUGCUCUAUGGAGAUACCAAAGGAUCGACCAACAAUGCACGAUGUUUAUGCUGAAGUCAUCACAAUCAAAGAAGCAUUUGCAGCACUACACGGUUGAGUAAAAGGACUGUUGUUUCUGCUGUUCACAUAAUAGUAGAGCAUGAUGGCCUUUGCCUAGUUUGCUUGCUUUGUCUUAUUUUGGCGCCUAAUUUGCUGUGGGCAUCGUUUACCCUGAUUGACAUUUGCUGAGGUGUUACCGUUCCCUCACACUUCGCUAGUUUGAGCUCCAGGUGAAAUCCUUGAUCUGGUAUGUUGGAUUGGGCCAGAUGGCAUCGGUAAUGUCUCUUUUUCUUCAUGGAGACGUUUGUUAGGCCCUUUGUUAUGAAAAGAACAUGCUCACCUAUUGCUAUGAAAAUAUAUUGCUCGCA